UAUAGUUGUACAGGUGGACUACAACCUGCCACUAGAGUGUGUCUCAGACGGUCGACGAAUGAACUCCUUUCUUUGGAUACUCUUGGCUCUUUUCUUCGCAUCUGUGUUUUCACCGGCGUUCUCCAGAAGGACGCUAGUUGGAACCAACAAGGAUGAAGCUCAGGCUCGAGCAUUCCUGGAAAAGUACAGCGAAGAAUACAGUAAACUGGUGACUGAGAGCACCAGAGCCAGUUGGAACUAUGAAACAAAUUUGACAGAUCACAAUGCAGCCAUUGUGGAAGAAGUGAGCACUCGUGUGUCAGCUUACAGCGACGCAGCCAACAGCCAAGCGUCUUUGUUUGACGUUUCCUCAUUCUCGUACGAUACCCGCCGGCUGCUGGACAAUGUCGGCUCUUUAAGUCUAAGCCCUGAGGAGAUGACAGAUUUGUAUCAAACCCUAAAUCAGAUGAGUCGCAUUUACGGCAGCCACAAGGUGUGCAAAGGCGAGAAAUGCUAUUCACUAGAACCCGAGCUAACCCAAUUGAUGUCCUCUUCCACCAACGCCACUGAGCGAUUGUGGGCAUGGCAACAAUGGCACGAGGGCGUUGGACGAGCCAUUCGACCCCUUUACGUCAAGUACGUCGACCUGGAAAAUCGGCACGCCCGUUUGAAUGGCUACGAGGACUACGGCGAUCAAUGGCGACAAAAAUACGAAACCAAACAACUGGAAUCGAUUGUCCAGCAGCUCUACAAGCAAGUCGAGCCGCUCUAUCGCCAGCUUCACGCUUACGUCCGUCGGAAACUCUACGAGACUUACGGUGCCGGCGUCGUUGAUAUCACGGGACCGCUGCCCGCCCAUUUGGUCGGUGACAUGUGGGGGCGAUUCUGGUCGGAUCUGGGCGACAUCGUCCAGCCGUUUAAAAACAAAUCGUCCGUCGAUCCCACGCCGGCCAUGAUGGCGCAGAACUUCACGGUCCGUCGAAUGUUCGAAAUGGGCAGCGAUUUCUUCGUUUCCAUGGGACUGAAACCGGUCCCGGAAACUUUCUUUAAUUUCUCGAUGCUGGAGAAACCUAGCGAUCGCGAAGUGGUGUGUCACGCGACGGCUUGGGAUUUUAACGACGGCCAAGACUUUCGCAUCCGGAUGUGCGCAGGCGUUUCCUUUAGCGAUUUCCUCACCGUCCACCACGAACUGGGCCACACUCAAUAUCAGAUGCAAUAUGCCCAUCUACCCUACGGAUACAGGGACGGAGCCAACGAUGGAUUUCACGAAGCUAUUGGAGAAUUGAUGUCGAUGAGUGUUGCCACUACGAAGCACCUUCAGUCCGUCGGCCUCUUGGAAGCGCUGGAAGACGAUCCAGAAGUGGAAAUUAACUUUCUAAUGCAACAAGCGCUAUCGUCCGUUUCUACUCUUCCAUUUCACUUGGUGCAGGACACCUGGCGAUGGAAACUUUUCAGGGGGGAAAUCCCGGAAGAAGAAUGGAAUCGAGCAUACUGGAAAGAAAAGAUUGAAACUGUUGGUGUUGCUCCGCCUUUGCCGCGCGACGAUCCUCAGGAUCUCGAUCCCGUAGCACUGUACCAUGUUUCAGGAGAUUUCGACAUGAUCCGCUACUUCACUCGAACCGUCAUGCAGUUUCAGUUUGCCGAGGCUCUUUGCAAUGUUUCCGGUCACGUCGGUCCACUACACAAAUGCGACUUCUACAAUUCAACGGAAGCGGGAACAGCAUUAGCGAAAAUGUUGAGCAUGGGGUCGUCAAAGCCUUGGCCUGACGCGAUGGAGACGCUGACUGGACAACGCGAAAUGUCUGCGCAACCUUUAUUAAACUACUUCCGUCCGCUUGAAGAAUGGCUUGAAAAGGAAAACGCCCGGAAUGGAGAGAUGAUAGGAUGGAAGAUUUCGCCGAGCUCCGCCGUUACAAUUAAAAUUUAGAGCGAGUGUGGAUCCCGUUAUUGACAUGAAAAGAAAUUACUCGGUUGAUAAAUGUAAUUGUGAUUUCAAUAAAGAACCAAACGUUGAACGAG